AGGCCUCAGCAUUAGGAGCUUGCCAGCACCUGAUCUCAGAACUAGGUCAACACACCACAGAUCUAGAAGUGGAUGACACCAGUGAGGAGGAGGAUGACAACGACUUCCACAUUCCAGCUACUGUGGCAUCUGGCGGUGGUGCCACGGCCGGUGGAACCGCCUCCACCGUGGGGGCAUCCUGUAACCCAGCUCCCCCAUCAUCCAUUUCAUUGAGACUGAACAAGAUGAAAAAGUUAAGAUCGUCGCAGCCCCUCCCUUCCCCUAUUGUUGUGCAGCUGAUUGAGAUGGGUUUUUCCAGGAAACAUGUGGAGACUGCUGUCAAGGCACUAGGUCAGUUAUCUUAGAUGGACGGUCAAGCAGAAAAUACUGAAAAAACUCAUUUACUGAUGUUCAUAUUGGUACUAAGUAAAGUCACUGUUCAACUGAAGUUGUGUUUGAUGUUAAGUCAGUUGCCAUGUUUCUGAGUCACUUAUAAAAAAAAAAAGCCUUGUUGACCAUUUUCUUCUGCAGCAGGGGGCUUACUAUCAGGAAUGGAAACACCAACGGUGGAAGCAUUGGUCAGUUGGCUGCUAGAGCACCCAAGUUCGGGCAAUGAGGACUCGGACACGGACACGGCGUCAUCAGAAGACGGCUACUCCGAGAGCGACUCUGUCUCCGACGGCUAUGAUGACUAUGAAGCUUUUGAUGUGAGUCAUAUUAAAGCGUUUCACGUGAGUCCAUUUUCUACUUGCUCUGCAUCCCUAGGUGUGUAGCAAAGAACUAGUUUUUUUUUUUUUUUCAAACAUUUGAGGGUGGUUUUUUUUAUGUGUGUGUUGUUUGUAUUAAUUAAAAGAUAGAUAAUCAGAGAUCAGCAUGGUUGGUUUAUUUUAAAAAUAUUAACCCCAUAGCAUUAAAAAAAGUUAAUUUCUUUAUCUAGUUGGAUAAUUAUGUAAUUUUAAGUCAUUUUAGAAUAUUUAAUUAAACAUUUUAAAAAUUGAUUUUAUAAAUAGCUAUAUUCAUGGAGUUGUAUCAAGGGAGGGGGAUUGGCAAUAUAUGUCAACAAAAACUACUGUAGCAUCAACAACAGUACAGUGAAACAUGUAGUUUGUACACCCGACAUAGAAUUACUCUGCAUUACUUUAAGGCCAUUUACCUACCUAGGGAGUUCACCCGAAUAUGUAUCAUCUUUACUUGCAUGCCACCUAAUGCUAACAAGGAGCAGGCUGCUGAGAGACUUUUGGAUGUAAUCCAUGAUUUUGAAACAAAAAAAACCCAGACUCCGUUCGUCUUGUUAUGGGGGACUUUAAUCAACUAUCAAUGAAUAAAUCCAUGCCAACUUACAUCCAGUAUGUUACUUGCCCCACACGACUAGACUGAACUCUGGAUAUGUGUUAUAGAAAUAUAAAAAAGGCCUACACAUGUCGUGCUUUAUUUCCUCUAGGAGAAUCCGAUCACAUAAUGGUCCGCCUAACGCCAUGCUAUAAGCCAGUUUUAAAAACAAAAAAAAUUCAAUAAAAAACUAUUGAACUGUGGUCAGAUGAGGCGACAGAAAAACUUCAGGCCUGCUUGGAAUGUACAGACAGGGACACGUUUAUUAACACUUGGCCGGACAUUGACGAGCUAACAAACACCAUCAAUUCCUACAUUAAGUUCUGUGUAGACGAAAUUAUUCCCAAAAAAACAAUCCGAGUAUUCAACAACAACAAACCCUGGAUGAGCAGAGAAAUAAAGGAGGUCAUCCACCACAAGAAGGAGGCCAUCCACCACAAGAAGGAGGCCAUCCACCACAAGAAGGAGGCCAUCCACCACAAGAAGGAGGCAAUCCACCACAAGAAGGAGGCCAUCCACCACAAGAAGGAGGCCAUCCACCACAAGAAGGAGGCCAUCCACCACAAGAAGGAGGCCAUCCACCACAAGAAGGAGGCCAUCCACCACAAGAAGAUCAUGUUUAAGAUUAACGAUCAAGAAUUCAUUAAAGCUAAAAAAGUAUUGAAAGAAAAAAUAUAUCAGGGAAAAAACAAUUAUUCUCUACUAACAAUUUAAAUUCAAGACAAAUUAAGUGGUCGGCUCAUUAAACUAUGUUCAGAGCAGCUCUCCUACAUUUUUUGUUACAUAUUUAAUAAAUCUUAUGUAACUCACACACUACCAGCAAUAUGGAAAACUUCAGAAAUCAUACCAAUUCCAAAGAAAAUUAAGGUAACGUGCAACGACUUACGACCUGUUGCACUUACCUCUAUUGUCAUGAAAUGUUUUGAGAAAAUAAUUCUGAAAGAAAUUUUGAAUGAAGUACAGCAAAAACUUGACCCCCACCAAUUUGCUUACAAACCUGCAAGAAGUACGGAGGACGCAGUCUUGCUAUUGUUGGAGAGACUUUACCAUCACCUAGACAGUCCUAAAACAUAUGCCAGAGUGCUUUUCUUAGACUACUCAUCAGCAUUUAACACCAUCCAACCACACCUUAUGAUAAAGAAACUUUCCUCGUUAGGUGUCAAUUUCAAUAUUCAGGCUUGGAUACUGAACUUUUUAACAAAUCGACCACAAUAUGUCAAAGUAAAUAAACAAGUAUCUCUAACCAGAGAAAUAAGCACAGGGGCACCACAAGGCUGCGUUCUCACUCCUGUACUGUAUACCAUAUAUACAAAUGAUAUUCAAAGCUCAAGCAACACCGUUCAAAUCUUAAAAUUUGCUAAUGAUACCACGAUUGUUGGCUUAAUAUCUGAAGGAGAAGGCCUAUACCCUAACUUAGUAACAAGCUUUAUCAAUUGGUGCGAUGAAAAUUUUCUCCAGUUGAAUGUCUCAAAAACAAAGGAAAUGGUUGUUGAUUUCAGGAGGGGGAAACACCAGAUUACAGUUCUCAACAUAAAAAAUCAAAAUGUGGAGAAAGUGGAGGCAUACAAGUACUUAGGUGUCACCAUUAAUAAUAAGCUAACAUGGCAUGAGCACGGCCAAAUCUUGUAUAAGAAAUUCAACCAAAGACUGUUCUACCUCAAAAAACUGUACAAUUUUGGCGUAAACAAGCAAGUCAACUUAUUCUACAGUGCAUCUAUUGGAAGCCUGCUUAAUUUCAGUAUUACCUGCUGGUGUGGGAAUUCAACGUCUGAUAUUAAACACCACAUAAACCGACUAAUCAAGAAAGCUAGGAACAUAACACAAACUAAACAUCCUUCACUUGAAGAACUAUUUGAAGAAAGAUGUUUUUGCAAAACUAAACACAUUUUGGAUGAUACAUCCCACCCUCUUCAUCCUAGAAACUUAGGAUCGGGCCGUUCAGGCCGAAUUCUUUCCAUCAGGGCGAGGACUGAUAGAUAUAACAAUUCUUUUGUUCCCCAAUCUGUACGAAUUUACUGGCGUGCUUCCUCUGAAGUCACACAUCUGAAUGAGAACUAAUACGUCCCCGAUUUUGCUAAGAGAACUCACUGAAUGGCUGUUUGAAAUAAUUUAUUAUAAAUGUCUUGUGUUCAUAUUGUUUUAUUUUUGUGCGGAAAAUGUAUAAUGCAAUCAAAAAAUAACAUUUCCAUUUAUUUGGAUCAAUAAAAUAAUCUUAUCUUAUCUUAUUUUUGCUUAGGUGUUCAUUAUGUUAUCCUGCAUUUUUAAAGAAAUUUCUAGUUUGUGAUGUAAAGUACAUGUGUCUCAUUUUCAAUGUGUGUUAAUAGCAUUUGGUUUAUGUGUUCAUAGUAUCCUUCAUUCAGUUCUGUAUAAAUAAUUUGUCUUGCCACAAUGUAAGAGGUAUUUAUAAACAAAGCUGCAUGCUCCUUAAAAGUCUUUACAGAAUUGAGUUAAGUAUAUUUCCUUUUUGUGUUAGUUUAAAAAUUGCUUGUCCCCAGACCCCGGCACCUGAACCUGUAGGACUCUCAUGUGGUUCAGAAUUCAAGAAAAGAAGUGACUUUGUCAACACUGAUGACUAUGCCAUCUACGUGAGGCAAAAGAUUCAGAUAGGAAUGAUGGUCAGGUGUUGCCGGACGUAUGAGGAGGUUCACCAAGGAGACAUUGGCAAAGUGACCAAGGUAAGCCUUUCAGUUAAACACACAGUGCUGCAGUGUUCAACCAACACCAGGUAACUAAACUGAUCACUGAAUUGUCUGCCAAGAUAAAAUGAUCUUUUAAUGGAAAUUUUGAUGUUGCCAUUAUGCAUUCUUUAAAUUAAUUGUGUUAAAACUUGUGUGAGUCCAAGUUUGGUCUAUCCUGGUGAUUUUACAGUAAGUAAAUCAUUAAAGGUUUGAACCCUGAUAUGGGCAACCAAAGCAAAUUUAUUUAAUGGUUUGACUCAAAGAGCAAUGGAUUGUGGGUAUUUUCAGCUUGAUCAAGACGGCCUCCAUGAACUCAACAUCCAAGCCUACUGGCAGAGAAAAGGGGGCACAUACUGGGUCAGAUACAUUCAUGUUGAAAUCCUGGGAUUUACCAACACAACAAUAGGUCAGUAGUUUGACCAUUGAGGUUGUUUUAGUUAAAUAGGUCAUUAACUCAACUAUUUAGAAUGUUUAAUUUUUAGGGGUCAGUAGUUGCUGCUGACCGACUUACAAGUAAGAAAAAGAAACCUGCAUUGUUAGCACAUAUUUCAGUGAAAGCCAUAGAACAAGGAUGAUUUGUUUCAAAGUGGCUUUCCACUGUUCCCAUUUCCUUAGCCCUAAAAAUAAAGAUGUUAAAAAGUCUCUUAUCAUAAUAACUUAUGACAUGUCAUUAUCCCACACACAUGAAGCAUUUUGAUUCAUGCUCCGGCCCCAGUAAUGCAAUGCACUGGCUAUCGAUAAAGCCAUUGCUAGACGAUAAAGCCAUUGCUAGACGAUAAAGCCAUUGCUAGACGAUCAAUUCUUAGCAAGAUUUAUAAAAAGCCACCCCCUGCACAAAAUGCAGAAAUAAUAUUUACCAAGGGGAGCAACCCAUCGGUGAAUUCAUAGAAUUAUUAAAAAAUGGGGAGGAAACAGUUCUAAGAAAGUCCAUAUGAUUUAUUAUCAGAACACAUUGCAACCAAAUAUUUAAAAAAUUUAUCUGAUCAGACAAUGGACAGACCAUCAAAGUUGGAGACAAAGUGAGAGUCAGGGCAUCAGUCAGUAAACCCACCUACAAAUGGGGGUCUGUGACCCACUCCAGUGUCGGCACUGUUUCAGGUAAUGGUUUAAACAUUGAAAGUUUUGCUGGCUUCCAAUCAGGUUAUGGUAGGGAGAGUUUUACCAACAUUGAAUGAGGAACCAAAAGUUUAAGUUAAGUUCAAUCAGAGCAGUUCAUGUUAGUCAAAUGUUCAUUUACUUGCCAUGUAUAAUUCCAAAAUAUUUUAUGUUAGAAAUCCCUUAACAUAGAGUUUACACGUUAAGAAAACUGCAUUUUUAGAAGCAGUAUGUUUAAUGCAUUUUAUUUUUAUGUCAUUUUUCUUACUUAGCAAUCAUCCCUAAUGGACGAGACAUAACUGUCGACUUCCCCCAGCAAUCCCACUGGACAGGGGUCAUCUCAGAGAUGGAGCUAGUCCCCAGCACUCAUCCUCAAAUCUCGUAAGAUCUUUAGUGCUUAAACAAAUUUCACAUAAUUACUAGAGAAGAAAUUAAUUUUUAUCCCUCAUGGUUCAUUACCCCAUUUCUCUACUUUCAGUGGUUCUCAUUAUUCCUGCCAAAGCAGUCUUAAUUAUUUGCUAUUAAAUAAAAUAUCUGAAGUGCGGUUAAUUACAUUUUCCUGUCAGAUGUUCUAACUGUAUGAUGAACCCUAUCACUGGACCAAGGUUCCACUGUCAGAUGUGUGACAACUUUGAUCUGUGUGAGACCUGCUUCAAGAUCAGCCGAUCACACAAACAUCCAUUCAACAGAUUACAAGAGCCAGGUAAGGAGUGCAUAGUUUUAUAAAUCACAGGCACUUUGAGUAAAUGUUUCAAUUUCAACUUGGCAAAUGGGAGACUUAUGUGAGAUAUAUGUCAUAUAUGAGAUGUAUGCCAUAUGUGGGACAUAUGUGACACAUGCCAUAUGUGAGAUGUACAGCACAUGUGUGUGACAGGUGAAUUUAGUUUCUUACUUUGCAGUCAAGUAGUGUGAGAGUUUUGAAUGAAAGAAUUAUUUUAUUAGUUAAACUGCUGGUGGAUUAUUUUAGAGUCAACUUCAUCUCAAUAAGAAAUUUUACCAGGUGUUUAGGUACACAAGCCAAAGUCUUCUCUAAGAAAUGAUAACCGGUGAAUUUCCAGAAUGUUGCAUUUUUUUAAUUUUGAUCUUUUUUUCCUUAAUGGCUGAUGAAAAAAUAGCCUUAAAUGAAAAUGUUGGUGUCACUUCAUUUGACAGGAAGUGAUCCUUGCUUUGCCGGCAAACCUGGCCGCCACAACCGAGUGAUCCCAUCUCAAACACCCAAAGGUUCAACCGUCAACAACUGGCACGCCUGUGUCAAAAGUGUGACCGUGUCGUCUCGAGAGGACCAGGCCCACAACCUCUACGAUGGUCAGGGCCACUUCUGGCAGAGCCACGGCACGCAGGGAAAGGUGGGGGGAAUAGUUUAUUACUUUUGAAAAGCUACUCACUAAACUAAUGGCACCGAAGUAACAAAAGUUUAUGUUUGAAAUUUAACAUUUGAGCCAUCUACCAAAAUAUAGAUCUAGAUUUAGUUGAGAUUAAUUUGUAAGAAAAUGCUUUUGUGAAGGACCAAUCAUUUUACAUAUCUAUUGAAUGAGGAGUUAAUUUUAGAAUGAAUUAUACAGAAAUAAAGAGAUAAAUGAGAUGGGUUUUUCCAUCUUAAAUAAAUGAGAGAAUUAAUUGGAUAAAUGGAUAUAGACUGCCUUAAGAGUGACACUAUCAAAUUGGUUAAUUGGUUUGAUAUAGGGAUUAGAGAAGAGAUAAUCUUAAGCCAAACAAGUCGCUCUCAACCAACCUGUUUUACUCCCCAGCACUGGAUACGUAUAGAAAUGCAGGCAGAGAUGGUCAUCAGCAGACUUAUGAUGCGCGUUGACCCAGCGGAUUCCAGUUACAUUCCUUCCCUGGUGGUCAUCAGCGGCGGAGACUCUGUGGUCAGCCUGAAAGAGUUGAAAACUGUCCACAUCCCGUCUGAUGAGUCCCUGGUUACCUUGUUAUCUGACAUGACUGAGGUAAAACUGAUGACUCCGAGUUUUGUUGUCUUAAGGAAAUUGAAUGACAAUCAAAAGGAAUCCCAAAUACAAUCUUUGGAUGACUUUCAGCACUGAACAGGCUUUCUAUAUUUUUUACCUUUGCAUUGUGAAUAGAAAUUGAACAAUGUGAUAUAUGCAGAUGUAAAACUAUAGUUUAUAAUUGUAACAGUAUAACUUUGGGUAGUAUAACUUUGGGUAGUAUAACUUUGGGUAGUAUAACUUUGGGUGGUAUAACUUUGGGUGGUAUAACUUUGGUGGUAUAACUUUGGGUGGUAUAACUUUGGGUGGUAUAACUUUGGGUGGUAUAACUUUGGGUGGUAUAACUUUGGGUGGUAUAACUUUGGGUGGUAUAACUUUGGGUGGUAUAACUUUGGGUGGUAUAACUUUGGGUGUGCUGUUUUGAUGUGAUGUAGAAUCAGGGCAGAGAAUAAGAAGAUCUAGAUAUAAUGGACCAGUGUAAGUCAGCCAUGUUGAAAAAGACUGUGUGAUGAUUCUGUGCUAUAGUUAAGUCUGUGAUAAUUGUGAGAAGAGUAGUAAAGAUAAUUAAUGAAACAUGAGUGAACACACACACCCACACACAUAUAUAUAUAUUUAUCGGUAUUCUGCAUUAACAGUGAAGUUAUUAUUUAUCAUGUGAAUACGGUCUCAGUGUAAUAAAGUGCCAGUGUUAGUUAAUUCAAGUGACUUGAUGAUUCAUUUUAAUUUGAUGUCCUUAUGUGGCAGUCACUGUUAAUCAGUUGUCAUAGACUUAGUUAACCAUCACCAUUGUAUCACCAACAACAGGGUGGACGGUUACUAUACUGAUGGUGUUGUCAUAGACUUAGUUAACCAUCACCAUUGUAUCACCAACAACAGGGUGAACGGUUACUAUACUGAUGGUGUUGCCAAAUGUAAGACAGAUUUUAAAAAUCUAGUCUUCCGUACUUCAAUGUAAAAUAAAUUGCAAUGAAUGCUGUUUAACUAUCACCACUCUAUUCUAUCUCCAGUAUCACCGCAUAGUUGAGAUUGGCAUCAGACAGUGUCGCAGCAGCGGCAUCGACUGCAAGAUUCACGGACUGUCCAUCUCUGCCAGACACAAGACGGACGACGAUGACAUUCCAACCACCUUCUCCAUCCUGGCACAAGACAAGGAGGAGGACGAGGAUGAUCAGCAGCAGCAGCAGAGGACGACGGGCUGUACGAUGGCUUCUAGAAACAAGAAGGGAAAAGCUGCGGUGGCUAAAGAUAUUCAGACUUAUGUGUUUGUGUGGGGACUCAAUGAUAAAGACCAGCUUGGUGGGCCCAAAGGGUCAAAGGUGAUUAGUUUGGUAGUCUGCCAUAAUUACAUUAUAACAAUGUGUGUUAAGUACUUAUUAAUGAAAUUAAACAAACUUUAGAUUGAUACAAAUUACAAAGAAAUCAAGUUGAAAGAUCUUAUUUUUAUUUGGAAAAAAAUAAUUUUACCCAAACUGUGACUGUUGAGUAUGACUGUUUGUUGCUUUUAUAUCUAAUAAGAGCUUAGAACUGUGUACCUGUAUAAACUUAAUUGAAAGAGUUUGCCUGUUAAAUAACUCUUUAAGUAGAGACCCAGCUAGCAAGUGAAGCUAAAAUAUAAACUUUAACCCAUUGGAAACCAAAUAAUUGUGUUGAAAAAUGAAACUCUUAAAAUAGAUUUCUUAUAAGCUGACAUUCCCACUGCACUGUUUUAGCUGAAAUUUCCCCUGCACUGUUUUAGCUGACAUUCCCACUGCACUGUUUUAGCUGACAUUCCCACUGCACUGUUUAGCUGACAUUCCCCCUGCACUGUUUUAGCUGACAUUCCCCCUGCACUGUUUUAGCUGACAUUCCCACUGCACUGUUUUAGCUGACAUUCCCACUGCACUGUUUUAGCUGACAUUCCCACUGCACUGUUUUAGCUGACAUUCCCACUGUAUUGUUUUAGUGAAGCAAAAGAGCAUAAAUGUUGAGUACUGAAUCCCUCUGUUUGUCAUCCCUAGACAUUGUUGGUUAACAUCAUGAGUUUAAGAGUAACGUCCCUAGACAUUGUUCCUUAACAUCAUGAGUUUAAGAGUAACGUCCCUAGACAUUGUUCCUUAACAUCAUGAGUUUAAGAGUAAAGUGCCUAGACAUUGUUGGUUAACAUCAUGAGUUUAAGAGUAACGUCCCUAGACAUUGUUGGUUAACAUCAUGAGUUUAAGAGUAACGUGCUUAGACAUUGUUGGUUAACAUCAUGAGUUUAAGAGUAACAUCCCUAGACAUUGUUGGUUAACAUCAUGAGUUUAAGAGUAACGUCCCUAGACAUUGUUGGUUAACAUCAUGAGUUUAAGAGUAACAUCCCUAGACAUUGUUGGUUAACAUCAUGAGUUUAAGAGUAACAUCCCUAGACAUUGUUGGUUAACAUCAUGAGUUUAAGAGUAACAUCCCUAGACAUUGUUGGUUAACAUCAUGAGUUUAAGAGUAACGUGUCUAACAUCUCCAGAUCAAGAUGCCCAUCCUAAACGAAGCCUUGUCUUCCCUCAACUGUAUCCAGAUUGCAGGGGGCUCUAAGAGUUUGUUCUGUGGUAAAUACAUUGGUUCAUUCUGUGGUCAAUUAGUUUUUUUGUUCUGUGGUAAAUACAUUUGUUCAUUCUGUGGUAAAUUAGUUUUUUUGUUCUGUUGUAAAUACAUUUUUUCAUUCUGUGGUCAAUUAGUUUUUUUGUGCUGUGGUAAAUACAUUUGUUCAUUCUGUGGUCAAUUAGUUUUUUUGUGCUGUGGUAAAUACAUUCGUUCAUUCUGUGGUCAAUUAGUUUUUUUGUUCUGUGGUAAAUACAUUUGUUCAUUCUGUGGUCAAUUAGUUUUUUUGUUCUGUGGUUAAUACAUUUUUUCAUUCUGUGGUAAAUUAGUUUUUUUGUUCUGUGGUAAAUACAUUCGUUCAUUCUGUGGUCAAUUAGUUUUUUUGUUCUGUGGUAAAUACAUUUGUUCAUUCUGUGGUCAAUUAGUUUUUUUGUUCUGUGGUAAAUACAUUUGUUCAUUCUGUGGUCAAUUAGUUUUUUUGUUCUGUGGUAAAUACAUUUGUUCAUUCUGUGGUCAAUUAGUUUUUUUGUUCUGUGGUAAAUACAUUUGUUCAUUCUGUGGUCAAUUAGUUUUUUUGUUCUGUGGUAAAUACAUUGGUUCAUUCUGUGGUCAAUUAGUUUUUUUGUUCUGUGGUAAAUACAUUCGUUCAUUCUGUGGUAACUUAGUUUUUUUGUUCUGUGGUAAAUACAUUUGUUCAUUCUGUGGUCAAUUAGUUUUUUUGUUCUGUGGUAAAUACAUUUGUUCAUUCUGUGGUAACUUAGUUUUUUUGUUCUGUGGUAAAUACAUUUGUUCAUUCUGUGGUCAAUUAGUUUUUUUGUUCUGUGGUAAAUACAUUUGUUCAUUCUGUGGUCAAUUAGUUUUUUUGUUCUGUGGUAAAUACAUUUGUUCAUUCUGUGGUCAAUUAGUUUUUUUGUUCUGUGGUAAAUACAUUGGUUCAUUCUGUGGUCAAUUAGUUUUUUUGUUCUGUGUUAAAUACAUUUUUUCAUUCUGUGGUCAAUUAGUUUUUUUGUUCUGUGGUAAAUACAUUUGUUCAUUCUGUGGUAACUUAGUUUUUUUGUUCUGUGGUCAAUUAGUUUUUUCAUUACAGUUCUAGCAAUUAAUCAAACAAGUAAUUUUCAAAUGAUGAUCUGCCCAGAUGCUUUCAUAUUGAAAUUUCCUAACAUUGCGAAUCCAUUUAUUUGUUGUCCAAUUAAAAAAGAAAAUUUUUUUCUUGUGCAUUGUAAUUUAUAUUGUGUGUGUUGAAUUAGAUUUAUUCUUACCGUACUGACAUACAGUAUUCAGUAUUUUAAGAUUAAUUUUUCGUUUUCUCCUCAGUGACACAAGAUGGCAAAGUGUUUGCCUGCGGUGAGGGCACGAAUGGCCGACUGGGUCUGGGGUCCGUGCCGGUGAAUGUUUCUGUGCCCCGUCAGCUGACCGGCCUUGGUCAGUACAUCAUCAAGAAAGUGUCGGUGCACUCGGGUGGACGUCAUGCCCUCGCCCUGAGCAUCGAUGGCAAAGUGUUUGCCUGGGGGGAGGGGGAUGAUGGGAAACUUGGUCUUUCAAGUCGCACGUAAGUUGGAAGCCCUCUGUCAGUUUGUUGGUAGUGAGCCAGGCCAUCUAUAACAAAGUCAGGUGGAAACAGUGACGUUCUAAAGGCUCUCAGUAGCUGUGUUAUUGGUUGCCUAGUUAAGACAAGAAGGCUUGUUGGAAUACUUGUUAAUAUUAGUGAUGUGACAUAUCAUUAGACAAUUUCACUACAGCCGCUAUGUUUCAGUUUUGUUGAUGUUAAAGUGAAUACUAAUUUAAUAUCCAGUUUCUACCAUUUCAUCAGAAAGUUAUGGAUUAAAGUCUAAUUAUAAUAUAAAACAUUUUAGCAAAUGGGAACAUCUUCUUUUAAUACAGUGAUUCCCAAACCAUGUUCUGGGUGCACUUCCUAGGGGGCCCAGCUGCUGCUACUAGAAAUUCCUUAUAAAAAAUAACCUGUAAGACAUAGGGGUUUGCCUAUAGAAUUAGUUCUAGACAGGGCUCCAUGAGUCAAAAAGUUGGGAACCUCUGUUUUAUAAGUAAAGAAAUAAUCAGGUCAAGUUUUUUUAGUUAAUGAAAUUUAAAAAACGAUGCAAAUAUCUUUUUUUAAAUUCAAUUUUAAUAAAAAAGGCAACCAUUUUUUAAAAUAUUUUACGCAAAUUUGAAAAUUAUCGAAAAGCAUAUUGUCAUUUUCUGUGCUGAGUGAGUAACUCCAUUACAGGAACUGUGAUACCCCAAAGUUGAUAGAAGCUUUAAAAUCCAAGCGAGUGAGAGACAUUGCCUGUGGCAGCUCACACAGUGCAGCCAUUAUAUCCAAUGGAGAUCUGUACACAUGGGGACUAGGAGACUAUGGACGUUUGGGCCAUGGCGACAACACAACACAGCUCAAGCCCAAACAAGUGAGUAGUGUGGACAUGUGACCUGUGGAUUAGGCUGGUCAAGAAUGUGCCAUUUUAACUUCCAAAACUUGACUUUCAAGUUCUCAUGCAACUCAGCUUUAAAAUAAGUUUCAAUGGUCGUCAUCUUAUUUAGCCAUUUUAUCUUAACAAAUUUUUAGGAUUUCCAUGUAGCUUGACAUGGCAGUAGUUAUCAUUUUCUUUAGCCAUUGAAACUUACAAAAACUUUAGGGAUUGAAUGUAGUUUGACAUGGCAAUAUCAAAUUUUUCGUGGCAUUAAAGAACAUCAAUGUCAGGUUGCAGCUUUCAUAUGUAAAAAUGUCAUUUAAAAAAAUGGUUUUAACUUGUUAUUAUUGUAACAAUACUUUGCUUAGGUCAUGGCACUGGCUGGCCAGCGGGUCAUUCAAGUGGCCUGCGGAAGCCGUGAUGCCCAAACACUUGCUUUGACCGAUGAUGGGGUUGUCUACUCUUGGGGGGACGGAGACUUUGGGAAGCUGGGCCGAGGAGGAAGUGAAGGGUGCAAUGUACCCCAUCCAGUGGAAAGGCUGACGGGCCAGGGUGUGAUACAAAUUGAAUGUGGAGCCCAGUUCUCAUUGGCACUGACCAAACUUGGACAGGUCUGGACCUGGUGAGUGUCAGGCUUUGGUUUCCUUGAUCAUUCAUUCAGUCAAUGUCCACUCAGUACAUCAGUUGAACAUGUCAAUACAUCAGUUGAACAUGUCAAUACAUCAGUUGAACAUGUCAAUACAUCAGUUGAACAUGUCAAUACAUCAGUUGAACAUGUCAAUACAUCAGUUAAACAUGUCAAUACAUCAGUUGAACAUGUCAAUACAUCAGUUGAACAUGUCAAUACAAUAGUUGAACAUGUCAAUACAUCAGUUGAACAUGUCAAUACAAUAGUUGAACAUGUCAAUACAUCAGUUAAACAUGUCAAUACAAUAGUUGAACAUGUCAAUACAUCAGUUGAACAUGUCAAUACAAUAGUUGAACAUGUCAAUACAUCAGUUGAACAUGUCAAUACAUCAGUUGAACAUGUCAAUACAAUAGUUGAACAUGUCAAUACAAUAGUUGAACAUGUCAAUACAAUAGUUGAACAUGUCAAUACAAUAGUUGAACAUGUCAUUACAAUAGUUGAACAUGUCAAUGCAAUAGUUGAACAUGUCAAUACAAUAGUUGAACAUGUCAAUACAAUAGUUGAACAUGUCAAUACAAUAGUUGAACAUGUCAAUACAAAAGUUGAACAUGUCAAUACAAUAGAUACACCUGUCCACUCAAUACAACAGUUGAACAUGUCAAUACAAUAGUUAAACAUGUCAAUACAAUAGAUACACCUGUCCACUCAAUACAUCAGUUGAACAUGUCAAUACAAUAGUUAAACAUGUCAAUACAAUAGAUACACCAGUCCACUCAAUACAACAGUUAAACAUGUCAAUACAAUAGAUACACCUGUCCACUCAAUACAACAGUUAAACAUGUCAAUACAAUAGAUACACCUGUCCACUCAAUACAACAGUUAAACAUGUCAAUACAAUAGAUACACCUGUCCACUCAAUACAACAGUUAAACAUGUCAAUACAAUAAAUACACCUGUCCACUCAAUACAACAGUUAAACAUGUCAAUACAAUAGAUACACCUGUCCACUCAAUACAACAGUUAAACAUGUCAAUACAAUAGAUACACCUGUUCACUCAAUACAACAGUUAAACAUGUCAAUACAAUAGAUGCACCAGUCCACUCAAUACAACAGUUAAACAUGUCAAUACAAUAGAUACACCUGUCCACUCAAUACAACAGUUAAACAUGUCAAUACAAUAGAUGCACCUGUCCACUCAAUACAACAGUUAAACAUGUCAAUACAAUAGAUGCACCUGUCCACUCAAUACAACAGUUAAACAUGUCAAUACAAUAGAUACACCUGUCCACUCAAUACAACAGUUGAACAUGUCAAUACAAUAGAUACACAUGUCCACUCAAUACAACAGUUAAACAUGUCAAUACAAUAAAUACACCUGUUCACUCAAUACAACAGUUAAACAUGUCAAUACAAUAGAUACACCUGUCCACUCAAUACAACAGUUAAACAUGUCAAUACAAUAAAUACACCUGUCCACACAACACAACAGAUACACCACAGUCAGUUUUCACCCAGACACACUAAAAUAACGAAAGAAGACAGUAGCCGAUGGUCAGGGUAUUUAGUCACCUUUCUACUACACCAAAUAAAUAGGUUUACGUUUCAGCCACUAGUUUAAAUCCAUCACAUAAAAAAAAUGACAAUGGAGUAAUGAUGUGGCUUGAUUAUUGGUUAUAAUGCAAAUUAAUUAGCAAAUUGUAAUAAAUAAAAUGAAAUUUUUGUCUCAGGGGUAAAGGUGAUUACUUCCGUCUGGGCCAUGGAACAGAUGCACAUGUUCGUAAGCCUCAACUGGUGGAAGGACUCAAGGGAAAGAAAAUAGUUCAUGUCUCAGUGGGUGCACUGCAUUGUCUGGCUGUUACAGAUACUGGCCAGGUUGGUUGUUUUAGGCAGUUCAGACCAGAGGAAAACUUACAGAAGUGGAGAGGGGGAUAUUUCCUGGGCAUCCAUUUUCCUUGAAGAUUUGGGUGGGCCGGAGGGUUGCACAUAUACCUAAAUGUAUUUUGAGAUUGAACUUAAUUUAAAUAUAGUUUUUUUUACAUCAAGGAAAAAGGACAAGGAGUAUAUAUAUAUAAUAUAUAUAUAUAUAUAUAUAUAUAUAUAUAUAUAUAUAAGAAUGAGCUAAGGUAUCCAUACAACAAGAAAAACAAAACAGAAUCAAUUUAAAUAUGUUCGGAUUCUUAAAAACAACGAGUGAUUUACUAUUAUUUUAUGGAAAUCAAAUAAAUUUAAAUGUGCCAAAAAUAAAAUAUAUCCGCUUUUAUUUUAUUAUACGUGUAAGUAUUAUUAUUAAAAUUUGGAAAUAAAUUUAAAAUUACAAUUAAAGAGCUGUUUUAAGCAAUUUUUCCAAAUUUGAAAGUAAAGAGAUUCUUUUUUAUAUCAAAAAAUUAUGUUGCAAGAAUUGUUUUUAUUAAAUCCUAAUCACAUUAAUCAGGACGACCCCAAACAUAUUUUGUUUUUAGUGCAUUGUUAACAUUGCGAAAAUAAUUCUAAAUUAAUUUUAUCUGAAUGACUUCAAACAAUAUCGAAGUCAAUUUUUCGAUUGAACUCAAAUAAAAAAAAUUUGAUUAAUUUUAAAAGAACUAAAUUUUGACUUGCAAAUCAAAAGCUUUAAAUUUGUUUGAUUUAAUAACAGCGUGUGACAAAACUGAUUUUGUAUUUUCCCCUUCUAAAAAGUAAAAUUAAUAAAUAUAAUUGAUUGCUUUUUAAAUUGUUAAAAAACACAUCAAAUUUUAGCUCAGUAUGUUUAACAAUAUACAUGUUUCUUAUUUAUCAUUCCAAAAAUGUGCUUUCAUCAAAUUUAUAAAGUAAUAAAAACUUAACAUUUAAAAAUACUUUUAAUAAGAAACUGCUGUUUAAGUGAAUGAGUGCAGUGAAUCUUCAAAGCCAAAUAGCACUCACUAAUUCACUUAUCACUCAUCCAAAUAAUAACAAAUCCAAUUAAAUUGCAACUGGUUCAUUUGGAAAUCAAUAUCUCAAAACCAAACUAUGUGACAUAUUUGAACUUUGGUAUAGUUUUUAAUGUUAGAAUAAAUAACCCUAAUCUUUCAAUAUAAUAAAUUAUGCGUAGAAUUAUGUUGUUUUUUUUUGUAGAAAAUAUAAACCGUGUGGUGAAAGGGAUCUGGGACUUAAGAAUUUCAUAAUUUUCAGGGACGUGCAAAAAUUUGGGAAUUGUGUACGUGUAAGGGCUAACAUCCUGUGUAUGAUUUUAUUUAUUUUUAUAACAGACGGGAGGGGAAAUUGUUACUUUCCUUUUGCUCCAGGCAGAACAAGAUACGCCUCAGAAUAAAGGAAUGAAUUAGAUAAAUAAUUAACCUUCUUAGGUACAUAUAUAUCGGGGGUAAUAAUAAUAAUAAAGUUCAUUUCAAAAACACGCUUCAUCCCCAAAGGCUCGAACCGUGGUACAAAGUCAACAAAAUACAAAUCUAUAAUUUACCACAUUUAAAACAAACGCAACAAUACAAAAACUAAUUACUAGCAUACAAUUGCAAAGUCUUUGUAGCCAUUCCAACCCCAAGCAACACAGCCAUUAUGCAUUAGGGAAUAGGGUGUGUACAUUUUUAUGUGGAUGACAAUAUAUUUAAUCCAAUGAUAUUACAGUAGUAAAAAAAGAGGUUUUAUAUUCUCUUUUAACAAAUAAAUAUAUAAUAUAUGUUUACCGAUAAAGAAAAUAUAGUUCGAUAGCGUUGACAAAACUCAGGUACAUUUACAUGAUUAUACACAUACCUGAAAUAAAAAUAUCAAAAACCAAAAAACGUGAAAAUUUAGUCUAAAAAAUAUAGCCAUACUUUUUUGUUUUUUUUUCUUUACAAUUCAUGGGCCUGAACAAAGAUGGGUUAAGAUUUUAUUUCAAAAUAUGAAAACAUAUUUUCUUUUUACUUGCUAAAAGUAAAGUGGGUCUAAAUUUAUAUAACAUUGAUGAUAUUUCUCUUUAAAUUAAACUCUCAAGGCUAUUGAAAAUGGUUAAAAGAUUCUUCUUUAGAUAAAAGAAUUCUUUGUUUUAAAAUUUUCCAAUAAUAUAAAUAGAAAAAAAAGCCAAAAGUUUGGUUAAAUUUUUAAUGAAGAUACCAAUUUCCGUUAAUAUAAAUAUAUAUAAAAUGGUAUACAUAAUUUUUGUUGCAAAUUUAAGGUCAUGUUUUACAAUUUAAAAAAAAAAAAAGUAGUUCAGGGGCGCAAAAAGGAGUAUGGUAGGCGGAUAUUAUAUAGCAGCUAAAUAUUUCUCAAAACUAAAUUUUAGAAACGUAAGCAUCAUUACAUAUAUACUUCUUUUGUAAAAAAGGAAUUCUGAUGAUUUUUCGCAAUAGCUGGUAGGAAAUACCAAAAAAUGGCUGCCAUUAUUAUCCUCGUAACAUCGGGUCAUAUGUUCUAGUCUAUAAUAAUAGUUCCAAGUGGAUCUUGUCUGCACUGCUCUCGCUGCGCACCAUGAUGUUAUUAGUAUUGUCACUAACCACUCUUUGUAGGUAAAUACAACUAAGCAUUGGUGGAUAUAUGGAUCUGCAUCUGAAAUUAUUGUUAUAAAUUAUAUAUCGUUGCCCGUGCUAGUAUUUCAUUUGGCAUAUAUGCCAUAGUUAGCCUACCCCUACCUUACUUGAUAUAUUUGUUUUGACGUACAUAUUUAGUUUUAGUCAUUGAGGUUUAUACAAGACUUUGGGGCCUUAAUUUUCUCAAAUAGCCAUUCCAUAAUAGCAAUAUUGAAUGUUGAGGUUUGCAAUUUUUUUUAUAGGUUGUAUAUUAAAUCACUGGAAACUAUUUAAUUUUGAACAAUUCUAUCUGAAGGUAUGGGCCUGGGGUGACAAUGACCAUGGUCAGCAGGGCAACGGAACCACAAUUGUCAACAGAAAAGCUGCCCUUGUCCUGGGCACAGAUGGUUACAAGAUCACCCGAGUGGCCUGCGGGUCAUCCCACAGUGUGGCCUGGGCCAUCACAGGAUACUCCAUUCCAACGUCUCAUGAACCUGUACUCUUCUCAGUCUCCAAGGACCCUUUGGGAGCUUCAUUUUUAGGUAAGAUACAGAGCUUUACAAUUACAAUAUGAAGUGAACUUAGUACUGUUAAGGGCUUUAUUUUAGCUUGGUUACCGCACUAUAUAAGACCACUUUAAUAAUAAUAAGAUAAAGAGCCUUAUCAUUACCAGACCUGCCAACCCUUCCGAUUUUGUUGGAAUUAUACAAAUUUUUUACCCCUUAUUCUGACCUUCCAAAAAGACCCAUUAAAAUUCCGAUUUUUUGAACUUUGUAAUUUUUCACUUUUCAUAAAAAUCCAAAAGCAACCAAAAAAAAAAAAAAAAUUGGGUACGACAGGAAGUGUUGCAUUUGUUUUUACGAAGUGUCUACAUGUCCGGCGACCAGACGAAUAAGUGAAAAAUUCUCAAGAUAUAUUAUUAUUAUAUUAUUAUUAUAUAUUUGACCAAGUCACAUGACCACCGUAACAAAUUUGCGCGAGAGAUUUGUCUGUCAGCCUUGUCAUGUGACCGCUGAUUGUUGAUCAGAGUUUACGGUACUUCAUUUCAACAAAUUCAAGAUAGUCUGGACAUUUACACGAAAAAGAAAUAUGUUCAAUUAUACAAAAGAAAUACUAGAACCAUUGCUUGUAUAUAUAAUGAACAAUUGGUUAAAAAGUGACGAUGUUUUUUUAUAAAGCGUGGCAUGCCCGCACUAUUUGUCCGGUCGCCUUACGUGUAGACAGUGCCUUGUUUUUAUGGAGGCGAACUGCGAUCUUCAAAUCAUUCUUCAAUCAUCAAAUGAUCCGAUCGUGACUCAUUCUUUUUACAAGGCUAGUAAAUAAUUCAGACUUUUUUUUUUUUGUUAAAGCUUUUCUUAAUUUAAUGGUUAAAUCUAUUGAAAGUCAUGGGUACAAUGAUAUUAAUAAACAUAUUUAAACCCCCGCCCCCCCAAAAAAAAACCCAUACAACUGCAGCUAAAAGUAAUCCAUGUCUAAUUUCUUUGCUAAGGAAUCGGACGAUUCAGUUAGCAGAUCGUUUUAUUGACCACCUUUCUUAUUGAAGGAAAUAUUUCCCUAGCCAGCUCUGAUAGUUUUCAUGGCAGAGUCAAAGAAAUGUUUCCAGACUUGCAGAAUGCUAGAAGAUUGUGAAGAAAAAUUACAAUGAAGCAAGGGCAAGCAUGAAAGGUGAUACUUUUCUAACUUGCUUGUAACUAAAAUCAAGUGCAAUGGUAUCCUUCAGUUGUCCAAAGAGCUGUUGGACAAGUGCAAAAAGGCCACUAGGGAUAUGCUGGAAAACUGAACUCUUAGCAGCCUUAGCAGCAAUAUGUAAAUAAAAUGGAUCUUCUGUUCUGUACUGUGUAUAUAUUUGUAUAAAACAUUUCUAGUAAUGUUAUCUCAUGUUCUGUGCUGUUCUGUGGACUCUUCAAAGACAAUGGAGGUAACUUUAUUUCUCUCUGUUUACUAAAAAAGGCUUUUGCAUUAGUAUAUAGAUCUUAACACACCCCCCCCCCACCCCCCCAACAGAUUUUUUUCUUGGCAGGUUGGCAGGUCUGCAAUAUAAUAUAAGUUGAAAUUGAUCCAACUUUCUACCGCUGGGCAAUAGCUUUUAAAGAAAUCCAUAAACCAAUGCUGCAUUUAACUUUUUUUUUUCGUAGAAAAAAAAUCAGCUGUCAUAAUUUGUGAUAAGUUGCAAUCAUUAUUUGCUUGUUUUUUUUAGUUCUGAGCAAAUUGAACCUACAAAUUAUGCCACUGAAUCCCAAAUAGUGAGUUUGGCAGCCCAUGCUAUGUCAUAGGUCAUCUCUGUGGGUAAAAAAAGAAUUCUACUUAAAAUAUCUUUAAUAUUUGCAUAUAUUUUCACCAUCAGGUAUACAGGAUGAGAAGGAAGAGCAGUUUAACAUUCCCACCAAAGACCUGACCAACAGAGACAAGACGAACCGACCAUCAUUGUCCAAGAUCAUCCUGUACAUGGAUUCAACUCUGGAGAAGCAGAGAGCACUCAACCAUGUCCUUAACGCUUUGCAAAUCAAAUAUGCCAGGUCAGUGGAAUAGAUGAAUCACCUACAGCUUAUAUGUAGUAGUCCUUAGAUUUACAAAGUUUGGGAAACUUUUGGAUUAAAUUUCUAAUUGCCCACACUAUUUAUUAAUCAUCAGUAUGUUGGAUAUCUACACCACUUAACUUAUCAUCAGUAUUUUGUAUAGCAUGCUCAAUGAACUACUUGGUUAUGGAAUAUCUCAGUCAUCUCCCUAAACUGAAUCUGUCUUCAAGAUUUUGUUGUGUAUUUAAAAUUUAAUAGUUUUAUGUUCUCUUCAGGGAUGCCAUUGUGAAGGCCCUGAGCAAAGAAUCCAUCCCAGUGAAUGGCCCAGGAGGUGAAUCAGGUCAGGGCAUGGUCCAGUCCAUAACCUACUCCCAGAACUCUUCCCCAGACACCAGUGCUGUGUUGCAUGUCUCUGCCACAGAACAGGGGGCUGGUGAUAUGGCUGUCUCUAUCGUGGAGCAAACUGACGGGGUGAGUCUAGACACUCAAUCAUUUUCUGUGGUGACAUUGUCCAGUGUAACAAUUUAUGUGGGGACUUUGUCCUGCGUCUGCAUUAUUUUGUGCUAGGACUUUGUCCUGUAUCUACAUUAUUUUGUGUCAGAGACUUUGUCCAUUCCUGUUUCAGCAUUAUUUAGAUUACACAAAGUAACUGUCUUCAAUGGAUUGAAUUCAAUAGGCACUUGUUAAAAAUGUUUAAUUGAAUCUCUUAAUAUUGCUCCAUGUAUUUCUCUAAAACAUUUAUUUCUUUUAUUCAUGGUAGGAUCAAGAGGAUGGUAUGCCUUUCCCCAGCAUGCAGAGUUUGGCCGCCAAAGUUUCACCUGGGACAUCGAUCUUGGCCGAGACGCUGCAGUCUGCUGAAGAGGUCACCAAGGUUGUGGGGACGGGCCAGGGCUGCGCCUAUCCUGCAGGAUUAGAUGAGUUCACUCACAAGCUGUCUGUGGACGAUGCCCGUAUCCUGGUGGACCUCCUCAAACUGUCAGUGGCCAGACGAGUGGCCGGGGGGAAGAAGACAUUGUCUGAUGUGUUGACAGCUCUUGGCAAGGCAUCGUCACAGGUUGGUAAACAAGUGCUUGACCUAGAUAAUGGGCAUUAUAUUUUAGAUUAAUAGACAGAAGUUAGACAGAAGUUAGACAGAAGUUAGACAGUUUUGUAACAAAGAUGCUGUUGACCAGGUGACUGAGAUGCUGCUGGAGCUCUGUGUGACAGAACUUGAAGAUGUGGCCACAGACAGUGAAACUGGACGAUCUGCUGCCAAACCUGUGGUCCAAGAGAGUGCUCACCCGUACACCGACGACUCCAGUCAGACAGGAGUUGUUAGAAUACCUGGUAAACUCAUCUGUUGUUUGAUUGUGCCCCAGGGAUGUUGUUUAGUUGCUCUGUUGUCUCAGCUUUUACUUUUAAACAGUUAAAUAGUUAUGACUCAUGGCACUUAAAUGUGUAUUUUAUUGCUCUCAGCAGUGGCAACAGUAAUAUAAUUUAUUCAGAUUUAAUUGAGAUUUAUUUAUGAAGCGUUUACAUUAGAUAGUUGCUAAAUAAUAACUAAAUUGUGUAUCAAUAAAUUAAUAUAAAUAAGGUAUCAAUAAAUUUCAAAGAAAGUUUUUUUCUAGUACAGGCGUACACAGUUCUUUAAAACAAUUAGUGAAUAGUUUGUGUAGCUCAACUUCCUGGUCCACAACAGGUGCUGAAGCUUUAAGAGUAGAGUUUGACCGACACUGCUCCACCGAGAGAAGACAUGAUCCACUUACGAUAAUGGAUGCCACAGGGAGAACUGUUGCAGUUAGAUCAGGUCAGGGACACAGUGGAUCUCAGCCGUUGUGGAAUUUUUUUUCAUUUUAAGUCACUUUAGACAAAUAAACCAACAUUUAUUUUAUGAACGUGUGGUACACGUGUAGAAACAAAAAUUCUAUAAUUUCUAAUGAGAUUGAGCUGAUUUUCAGUUUUAAAAGAAAAAACCUCUCAAAAUCAUCCGUGCAAAAUAAUUGAUUUGUUUCAGUCAAAGUGGCAUUCUUUAUUUAAUCUGAUAUUUUGAUCAAUUUCCACUGGUACUUUAACUACACUACAUGAUAUUUUGAAGCAGCUGAACCUCCUACGAAGUCUUUGGCCAUUUAAAUGCUUAAUGAAAUGUAAAUGUUUAACGAUUUCAAUACAAUUUGAAUAUGUUGACACAUCUGAAUUUUAAGCAAUGUCAUUACAAAUUAUGCAUAUUGUUCUUGAUGUCUUAAAAAUUAAAAAAACCCACCAUAUCACAUAGCGCAUGUUCCAAUUUCAUUUACUCUAAAAUACCUCAAUGUGUCACAUAUCUAGGACGAGAAGGCUCAGACUGGUUCCAAGAACUGAGGAUACCUGGGGAUGAACUAAGAUGGAAGUUUACCAGCGAUGGAUCUGUCAAUGGCUGGGGAUGGUAUUUCACCGUGUAUCCCAUUAUGCCGGCGGCGGCCCCGCUGGACACGCUAUCGGACCGCACGAUACUGUCUCGGCCCUCCAUUGACCUUGUGACCUGCUUGCUUGACUUCAAACUGGAGGUUUCACUGGAUAGGAACAUCAUACCACGCCUGGCUGCAGCAUUGGCUGCUUGUGCGCAGCUCAGCUGUUUGGGUGAGAUGUCACCUGACCAAGGGUUUUUUUUUUGGUCAAGUGAAAUCUGUGAUAAACAUUAUUACCUACAUCCCUAUACAUUUUAAUUUUCUCUAUUAUUUUUAUUCCUUUGUUCCAGUAUGGAUAGAAUGUGAAAAAACAUAAUUCAACAUUGUAUGUUUAUGAUGUAUAAUGUAUAUGAUAGAAUGUGACAAUACAUAAUUUAACAUGAGAUGUUCAUGAUGCAUAUGAUAGAAUGAAAGAAAACAUAAUUCAACAUGAGAUGUUGAUGAGGUGUAUUGAAAGAUAGUUCACAUGUAAAAAAAUCUACAUAUUGAUCACAUACUAUCAGUCAGACUUGAACGUUAUUUGAUUCAAUUUUAUAAAAUUAAAAACAAAUAAUGUAAAUAUCUGUCAUAGCGGAUGUCAUUCUCCACAUUAGGCUUGGCAAAAUCUAUCUCAAAUUCCAUUUAUGAAAGUUUAUUUUAUUGCUUAAACCUAAAAUCAUCUUCUCAGGAGCCAACCAGCGCAUGUGGGCCCUACACAAACUACGCAAGUUGAUGUCUGCCAACUUUAGCAACUUACUCAACAUCAAUGCCUUGCUGUCCAGUCCAACCAGUGAUAGUCCUGAGGAGAUUCCCCGACCAUUCCCUCUUGUAAGUGGGUGUAACACAGUGUGACAGUGCAGUGCACAUGUAACAUGUUGUGACAGUGUAGUGCCAACGUGUAACACAGUGUGGCAGUGUAGUGCAGCAGUCAAUGAUGAAUACUCCUUAUUUAAGUGUUUAGUUGUUUAAAUUGUCUGGGCUACAAGUCAAUGAAAAGCAUGUUGUCUCAUUGCAACAAUGUGUUCAUUCAGUUGUCUAAUCACACGUGCAUCUCUCACUUGUGACCUGACUGUCAACCCCACCAUAAUGCUUACAGGUAGACACACUACUACACUUGGUUCAAGGGAAAAGUUGGUGUAUGUAAGACAUUAAAUUGGUGAGAUUGGUGACAGAACAUUUCUUAACACCAUUUAGAAUAAUUAGGUCCUCUAAUCCAUUGGAGACUCCUGCUGAGUUUGUUCUCAUACUUCUUGAAUUUUUAACAAAAAUUUUUUUUUGAUUUUUUCCUAGUCAAUGAGUGGCUCGGCCCUAGCCUCACUGGUCAAAGGUUUGCCCGAGGCCCUGCAGAGACAGUACGAGUAUGAGGAUUCUAUAGUACGCAGUGGCAAACACUUGAUGCACAGUCCAUUCUUUAAGGUAGGAAAUGUUCAGAGUGAAUCUAUAACAAAGCUGCAUCAUUUCCUUCAGACAUUUUUUUGAAUCAUCAGUUCAUCUCUCUGGACUAAGAUUAAGUGUAUGGCUUUACUGUAUAACUGUUGAACUUCCACAGGUGCUUGUUGCCUUGGCGUGUGACCUGGGCCUUGACAACCUCCCGUGCUGUGCUGAGGCCCACAGGUGGGCCUGGUUCCGCCGCUACAGUAAUGCCGCGAGGGUGGCCAUCGCCAUGGUGAAGAGACUGCCGCUACCCCUGCAGUUCACAGAGGAAGUGAUGAAGAAAAUACAGGACAUCUCCAGUGACAGUUUUAGUAUCAGUCGUCUGCAUGAGAGACAUGACACAUUCAAGCAGGAGCAAGAUGAGCAACUCUUACAGUGGAUCAACAGGUCAGAGAAGUUAUGGUUCUUGAUGUAUUUUUCAUUAUUGUAGAAUUAAAAGUCAGAGGCGUUAUGGUUCUUGGUUAAUCUUUCAUUUAUUGUAGAAUUUAUCAAGUUGUAGGAGUUAAGUCAUAAUUGUAGAAUUAAUAAGUCAGAGUAGUUAUUAUUCUUGGUGCAUCUUUUAAUAUUGUAAAAUUAAUAAAUCAGAGGAGUUUUGGUUUGGUGUUUUCAACAUAAGUGUUGAAUUUUAAUGAACUAAGGCAAGUUUUCCCAAUCUGAGGUUGCACCCCUUAAAGGUAUCAUUUCAGGGGGGACUAAUAAAAGGAUUUUUCAGAUAAGUUCUGCAGAUCUCUUUGUAAUUCAGUACAAAAAUAGAAUUCCCUUUUUUUUUUCAAUGUUAAAAAUGGAUUUUACUUUUAAAGAAGGUGUGAGACUUUGUCAAACAGUGUGUAAGGGUGCGAGACUAGUUUAAAAAAUGCCUAGUGGGUGUAGACCAUUGAUCGUUUUUGGAAUCACAGAACUAAUGGAUAUUAAGUUUUUGUGAAAGUUUUUUUGAGAUGGAAAUGAGUGGAACGAAGUAUGGGAAAAUCUGAAGAAAAGAACUGAACAAAACAAUGAACAGGUCGGCAAGGAACCUUCAUCAGCAAAAAAAAAAAACAACAGUAAAAACAGAAUUAAAUAAAAAUAACACUUAGCUUAAAUUUAGUAUCCAAGAGAUUAAAUGCAGGCAAAAAGAGAAAGAGUAGAGGAAAAGUAAGUCCACUGCAAUAGGUCAUGGCGAGGAGGGGCAGAGAAGAGGUUUCCUCUCUUCUUUCCCUUUUUGCCUGUAUUUAAUCUCUCACCUUCAUAUUUUCUGUCUCAUUCCCUUCACUGUCCUCUCGGAUACACCAUUUCAGCUAGGAGUUAUUUUUUUAUUUAAUUCUGUAUUUAUUGUUGUUUGUUCGCUAAAAUAAAGGCUUCUUGUAGAUAAUUUGUUGUUUUGAUGCAUUCUUUGUUUCACUCAUUUCCUUUUUUGCUAACUUGAUUGGAGGCUCUCCCCCCUGUUACCAUUUUUUGGGACAGGUUUGACAAUUUAUUUUGCAGAAAACCAGAAGACUGGACCUUGUCCUGGGGAGGCAGUGGUCAGAUUUGGGUGUGGGGUCACAAUCACAGAGGUCAGUUAGGAGGUGUGGAAGGGGCAAAGGUCAAAUUGCCCCUCAGCUGUGAUGCCCUGGCAUCACUCAGGCCUCUUCAGCUCAUUGGAGGAGAACAGACAUUAUUUGCUGUGACUGCUGAUGGCAAGGUGAGAAUCCCUGACCCUGUACCCAUCUGUGUUUGCAUAUGACCUACUUAGGGGCAAUAACUGAUGUGAUAUUUAACCGUAUGAAACCAUAUUCUGAAUGUAUCAGCCCAGUGUGUAAACGAAUCCAUGCCCCCCCCCCCAUUUAUAUGUUUGAUAAUAAAGAGACAACAGGGUCUAUUUUACAUCCUGUUGCUGGUUUUUAUGAAAGUCAAGGGCAUAAAGGGAUCAUCUCCCUUGUUACUAUGAAAAUAAUAAGAUUACUUUCUUCUUUUGAAGUCUUUUAUAAUAAAGUUUAUUAUAAUAUUGGACUGCCAGCAAAGAAAAGAUUGAAUAGACAAAAUUACAACAUCUAAUAAUCAAAGAAUUUGGUUUCCUUGCAUGUCUGUUUGUGUACAUUUUCCUUAGGGAUGACUUAAGGACCAGUAGCCCAGAGUUCAGAGGGUUAAGUCUCUUGACCCAAGUACCAGCUAAAGUAUAAAUGACCAAUUGAUGUUUCAUCUGCAUCUGGUGUAAAUAAGACAUAAGAGUCAUUUAAAGCAGGUCUGCACAACAUACGGCCCGUGUGCCAGCACCCAAUUUGCAGCCCGCGAAGUACAAAAUAUUAUUUUUUUUUAUUAUUUUCUUAAUAGCUUCCCCCCCCACGUCCUAUUUUCUUUCGGCCUGCACAAGUUUUUCGUAAAGUAUACCGGCCCGCCUUACAUUUUGGUGCAGACCUGGUUUGAAGGAAUUAAUUUUCUUUUUUAUUGUUUCCCCUGUUCAUAUCCAAUUAGAAUGUCAUAUUUUAAAAAUAUGUUAUUCUUAUAGCAAGUGGUUAUAGCUUUAACACAUCUUAUUUAUCUGUGUCUGUAUUUAUGUAUCGCUUGCUUGCAGGUUUACGGUACAGGUUAUGGAGCUGGAGGUCGACUGGGAGUGGGUGGGACAGAUUCUGUAGCCACACCCACGCUGCUGGAAUCUAUUCAACACGUCUUCAUCAAGAAACUGGCUGUGAACUCCGGAGGGAAGCACUGCCUGGCGUUGUCUGCGGAGGGAGAGGUCUACUCUUGGGGAGAGGGGGAGGAUGGGAAACUAGGCCAUGGCAACAGGAGGUUUGUUGACAUGUUCCUAGGGAAAAUCUGCGAAGGAAAUGAUUAUUUACAGUUAAUUUGACAAUAUUUCCUUUAACAAAGAUGAGGUCCAAUAAAGUUUAAAUGAUGAAAAGAUAGUUUUAAAUAAAAAUGCAAUGAAUUAAACAAAACAAAUUUGAUUAUUUAAAUGCUGGUAGAGUAUUAGUUGUGUCUGCAACAUAAGUCUGAUGUGGACAACUUCUCGGCCCUCCCUAUCAUUAAACAUUAUGCCAAUCAAUGACAUGACCCAAGGGUCCUCAAAACUAGAACACUGUGAGCUGCAACUGCUUUGAAUUAAAACAGUGUCCCCCAUAAAUUGUUCUAGAAUUUCUUCAAAACUGGUUUUAAUCCUGUUUUCAGCCCUUGUGAUCGGCCGCGUGUGAUAGAAUCUCUACGGGGAAAAGAGGUGACAGAUAUUGCUGCGGGGGGAGCUCACUCUGCCUGCAUCACAAACACUGGAGAGCUGUACACGUGGGGCAAAGGUCGUUAUGGCAGACUGGGACAUGGAGAUUCGGAGGAUCAGUCCAGGCCUAAAUUGGUAAUUAAUAAUCAUUGAAGAGUUCGUUAAAAUUCAAUUGUUUUCUAAAUAUAGGUUUAUCAUUAGAAUGCACACAAUCUUUAGUUUGCCCAACAAUCUAGAUGUUACAACACUAGUUAACCUGUGAAUCCUUUGUCCAUCAGCUUGAAGCACUGAAAGAGUACAGGGUGACAGAUGUGGCUUGUGGCAGUGGAGAUGCUCAGACGCUGUGUAUAACAGCUGAUGACAGCGUGUGGUCAUGGGGAGAUGGAGAUUAUGGCAAACUCGGUCGGUCACUGCUCACUGGCUGUUUCAUUUAAAGAGACAUAAAACUGUUUUUUUUCACAUUUUGUCUAAGAAUAACCUUGAAAUAAUACAGAUUUAUAUUGUGACAUUAGGUCCACCUCUUAGUUUUAAUGAACUAGUCAAAGCUAAUUAGCUAUCCUAAAGCUAUCAGAAGUGUAUUUAUCUAGAUCUCUCAUUCCUUUAUUUAAAAUACUUUCGUAUGUAAGUUGCACUCUAUAACAUAUUUAUAUCCAUGUGCCCCAAAUUUAUCUCCCUAAUUAUAUCUACCUAACUUAAAUCUCUCUCCGUUGGCUGAUGCCGUCAGGCCGAGGUGGAAGCGACGGUUGCAAAGUGCCAAUGAAGGUGGAGGCCCUGCAGGGCCUUGGUGUCAUCAAGGUGGAGUGUGGCUCCCAGUUCUCAGUUGCCCUCACCAAAUCUGGAGCUGUUUACACCUGGUCAGUAAUGGUCCUGUGACCUGGAUUGUGGGCCCCCCCGAGUGGCAUCACGGCCUCGAGCGUAUAAAGUAGAAUGUCAGCAAACACUGGGUCUGGCUAAUGUUUGCUUUACAUCCCACUUAACAUAGCCACCAAUGCAAACUUUCAAUUGCAGGAUUUUCUUGUUUUACUUAUUUUCUCCCUUUUAUGCAUUUUGGAUCGUUUGACAAAAGGUUUCUUUAAAAUAAAUUAAUAACCGGCUAAAAAAAAAAAAACAACCACCAAGAAAUGUUAUCUGUAUAAAGUCUAUAUUGAAUGUUGUAUACUACUAAUGGAGAACUAAUUCUAGCUAUUUCCCUUGAUUAUAGUGCAAAGCAAUAAACACUUUUAAAUGGUCUUCCAUUAGGGGCAAGGGAGAUUAUCACAGACUUGGUCAUGGAACUGAUGAUCACGUGAGACGGCCAAGGAGAGUAACGGCCCUCCAGGGAAAGAAAGUGAUUGACGUAGCUUGUGGGUCACUCCACUGUGUUGCUUGUACCGAGACAGGUAGGUCUGGUCGACACCACAAUAAAUGUUAGCACCUUGGCUGCAUGACCUUAAAUAUUCAUUUGUGUUAAGGGGCGGCUUUCCGGCCCUUAGGCCUCAGUGGCAUUAUGGCAGAAUCUCUCACAGUCAACAAAACAACAUUUGCAAUGGUGCUGGUGAAUUUAACUCUUCUCAUCAAGGAGUACAAAAAGCCUAUUUAUAAAUAGGAAUGUCAUACGCUUGUUUGGUUGAGGUUUUGUGGCUGCGUCCUUUAUUUUACGCUUUUCUUGAAAAUGAGUGCUUUGUUUGACAGUAGAUUUAUGGUCGAUGACAUUUGCCCUUCUAGAAUGGCUUCAAACUGCAAGUAUGUCGCCUGUUAAUGUCAACAGUAAUGAAUAUGAUUCAGAGAUAGAUAAUGGAAAUUAAAGUGAUGUUGAUAUUGAAUUUGUCCAACAUUUUGAUGCCCAAAUGGACCAGAAGAUGCAGAUGACAAAAUGUUAAUAGAUCUGACCUAUGACAUUGAUGAAUUUUGUAGGUGUAAUUAAUUAUUGGUCCUAAUGAAUAAUUAUUUUAAUUAAAAUUUCAUCUUUUCUCAACAAUUAUCAGUAAUUAAAUUUUAUGACUGGUUGAAUGAUAGACUUUUUUAUAAAUUCAUUGUUAAAGUCAGCAACUCUGAACAAAAUUGAGAUAUUUCCCUUUGCGUAAUACUGAAGGUAUUUUCUUAAUGGACCCCAUUUCCCUUUGCUUGGUACUGUCUUCUUCUGUCAAGACUUCAUAAUGAGGCGCGCAUUUCUGGAAUUUGAACUUUGCUGGUAUACUUCUUAUCUGACAGACAGGACUCGGCAUAUUGUUGUGAAGCAAGCAUCUACCUUUACCUACUGUAUGCCACAGGACAAGGCAUAUUGUAGUGAAGCAAGCAUCUACCUUUACCUACUGUGUGCCACAGGACAAGGCAUAUUGUAGUGAAGCAAGCAUCUACCUUUACCUACUGUGUGCCACAGGACUCAGUUUUAGGACCCAUCCUGUUUUCCACACACACUAGUCAGCAGGGCAGAAUUAUUGAAAGUCAUUCUAUAUCCCGAAAACUAUUUGUGGAUGACACAGAACUGUGCAAGAGUUUCAACCCUGAUCCUUUGGACUGCGCUGCUGCUGUGCAAGCUGUCGAGGACUGCUGUCUUGUGGUGAAAUCAUGGAAGGCAUUACACAGGCUUAAAUUAAAUGGCGAUAAGGCAGAGCAAUUAUAUGUGGUUCUGACGCCAAUAUUUCGAAGGUUGCCAUCACAUCAAUAAAAGUUGGUGCUUAUGACAUAUCCUUGUCAAAGAAAUUAGAGACCUUGGCUUCUACACCGGCAGGAAACUUACACUGAUUCCUCAUAUCAGUUCUGUGGUCAGGGCUUGAUUCUGUCAUCUACGCUCUCUGGGUCAGCUGUGUCCUCAGCUUAGUAAGAGAACUGCCAAUGCCACAGCGGUCACUCUAAUCCAGUCAAGAUUAGAUUACUGUAACGGUUGUCUGUGGGGUUUACCUCAGAACCAAACUCAGAGACCCAGAAGGUACAAAAUACUGCAGCAUCCAUUGUAAAGCGGAUAAAAAAAUCUGACCACGUCACCCCAGUUCUUAAAGAUCUCCACUGGCUUCCUGUGAGUGAAGGCAUUAACCACAAAAUUCUGUCUCUAGUGUAGAGCUGUAUGGAAGGCUCUGCAUCUGAGUAUCUUAAAGAAAUUCUAUCCAAACAAGAAUCCUUUAAAAACACAGAAAGAAGUCAUACGGAGUGCGCUCUUCAACACAGUCCUUCUUGAGAGUUCCCAGUAUGGAUGGACACAGAAAGAAGUCGUACGGAGUGCGCUCUUUUAAAGCUGUAGCGCCUAAAUUAUGGAACAGUUUCCCUUGGUCUUUGAGGGAAAUUAAAAAUGAUAAAAUAUUUAAGAGCCAUUUGAAGACUUUUAUCUUCAAAAAGAUAUGCAAGCGUAAUGUAAGUAAUCAAUCAUCAUACUGAAGGUAAUUUCUUAACGGGCACCAUGCUACCAAAAGAUUUAUUGUGCAACACAGCUAAAACCUGCAUCAACAACAAGCUUGAUGAGACUAUGCAAACAUUCAUGGACUAUUUCAGGAGAAGUCUUCACAUGGGGAGACAAUGAUGAGGGACAACUUGGGGAUGGGACCACAAAUGCCAUCCAGAGACCCAGAUUGGUGGCUGCUUUACAGGGUGAGAAAAUAAAAUUGAAACAUGUAAUAAUCAGUCUGAUAAUGUAAACUAUUAGGUGGCCGCCCUACAAAGUGAGACAAUACAUUUAUAACAUGUAAUGGUCAGUCUGAUAAUGUCAACUUGAAGAUGUAGGGAACGUAGUAAAUCAAUGUUAAAUUGGUAAAAUUACAAAAUUCAUUGUCUAUUAUUUAUUUUUUAACACUAAUAAAGAUCAAUACUCGGAGGUCGAGAUUCUAUCUCUUAGGACCUCUGGCCGUGAAACAUAGCCUAGUAGUCCCUGGGGACUCCGGCCAUGCAACUCGGCCUUGAGUAACAGGGUUUAGGGCAGGUUGCUUCCACUCAUGAGAGGACAGUUUUGCGUCACAGCCCCCCUUGCCCAUUGAGUCUUACAGUCGGGACGUGGGGUUGGAACAGUUUUGCUUCCUCUCCGGAGAUGACGUUGCGUUGUCACCUCCACCGUCCAGGGAGUCGUGCCUUCCUUGGUGUGGGACGGCUUUGCCACCCCCACCGCCCAGGGAGCCGUCAUUGUCUAUUAUUUAUUUUUUAACACUAAAAGAUUUUUUUAAUUUAAUUAAAACCCCAUAGAGAAAAUAUCAUUUCAUAGCUUUUAUUUUUUAUUAAUUUUUCAGAAUUAGUGAAUUAAUCAUUUAAAAUUGUCAACAAAUUUAUGUUAGCAUAGUGUAACAUUUUUAUUCUUUUCCUGAUUUGCCUAUUUUCAUAAAGAUAAAAAUUUCAGCAUAGAGCCGAGAGCAAAUAUAAUACUUCUGAAGUUUGGGCUUAUGAAUGAGUCUUUAACUCUGUAACAAAAUCAACUAAUUUUCUGCCCUUUUUUACACCUCAGCUUGACAUCUAGUUUUCUUGCUUUGUCCAGGUAAAAAAAUAAAUAGGGUUGCAUGUGGCUCAGCUCACAGCUUAGCCUGGUCUACACACAAGCCGGUCAGUGCUGGACGUCUGCCUGUUUCUGUUCCUAUGGAGUACAACCAUCUACAGGUGAGUUCAUAGAUCAGGGGGUAAGGCUAGAAUUAGGGGGUGAGGUUUGAAUGGCUAGAGAUGGAGGGCUGGAGUUAUUUCCAAAGCAUGUUUAUUAUUGCUAGGUUCUUUGUUGAAUUUUAAAAUAUAAUGUUUCAAUAGUUCCCAAACCAGACUCAUAGGCCCUAUUCAAUUUAAUAAUUUGGAUCAGCUUUUAGGACAACUAAGUUGUAGUCCUUUUUUUUUAAUAUUGAAAGAAAUCAAUGUUAGCCCUUCACUGGGGAGCAUUGAUGUUCUAUGACCAGAUCUACAUGUGAAGGGGAGCAUUGAUGCUUUAUGGACAUUCCUAUGACCAGAUCUACAUUUUUUAUGACUGGAAUUUAUGUUUGACUUAUAACAAUUAAAAUGAUCACAAAAAGGAUUUUCUUUUUCUUGAUUUACAUUUUUGGAAUGUUGAAACAUAUUUGAAUAAGGAGCAAGAGUGUCCUUGUUGCAGUUGAGUCUAGUGAAACAUAGUUGAAUUGUAAGCAAUGGUGUCUUUUUUAAAAUUGCAGGGUAUUGAGAUGUGGUUGAAUUGUAAGCAAUGGUGUCUUUUUUACAAUUGCAGGGUAUUGAGAUGUGGUUGAAUUGUAAGCAAUGGUGUCUUUUUUACAAUUGCAGGGUAUUGAGAUGUGGUUGAAUUGUAAGCAAUGGUGUCUUUUUUACAAUUGCAGGGUAUUGAGAUGUGGUUGAAUUGUAAGCAAUGGUGUCUUUUUUACAAUUGCAGGGUAUUGAGAUGUGGUUGAAUUGUAAGCAAUGGUGUCUUUUUUACAAUUGCAGGGUAUUGAGAUGUGGUUGAAUUGUAAGCAAUGGUGUCUUUUUUACAAUUGCAGGGUAUUGAGAUGUGGUUGAAUUGUAAGCAAUGGUGUCUUUUUUACAAUUGCAGGGUAUUGAGAUGUGGUUGAAUUGUAAGCAAUGGUGUCUUUUUUACAAUUGCAAGGUAUUGAGAUGUGGUUGAAUUGUAAGCAAUGGUGUCUUUUUUACAAUUGCAGGGUAUUGAGAUGCCGGUGCUAAGAAACAGACUUGUUCUACUCCACCAUUUCUCUGAGCUCUUCUGUCCUUGCAUCCCGAUGGUCCACCUACAGGAAAACGGACAGAAUCCAGUCAAGGAGGAAAUAGCUACAGGACUUGAUUCACUCAGAGGAAUCCUCGUCUCAUCAGCUAAGGUUGGCUUAUAAAAGACAUGGAUGUUGCUGGGCAGUCAUACAAAACUGUUUGCCUUAGUUUUCAGGGGUGGGGGAGUGUGUGCUUUGUGAAAUAAGGGCUUUUCUGGUUACUGAUGUUUUUAAAAAAAUUUCUUUGAGCUCUGAGCUCCAUACCCCAAGCAGUCAGAGUAAACUACAUGAGUUGAAUGGUUUACCCUGAGCUCCAUACCCCAAACUGUCUGAGUCAGUUACAUGGAGUUGAAUGGUUUACCCUGAGCUCCAUGCCCCAAACAGUCAGAGUCAGUUACAAGAGUUGAAUGGUUACCCUGAGCUCCAUACCCCAAACAGUCAGAUUCAGUUACAAGAGUUGAAUGGUUUACCUUGAUGUCUGAUUGCAGGAGGCUGCAUUCCGUAAGGUUGUCCAAGCAACAAUGGUGAGAGACAAGCAGCAUGGACCAGUCAUAGAACUCAACAGGAUACAGGUGAGUUUCUAGGGCCUGAUCCAACAGCGUUUAGAUCUCUCUCUCUCUCUCUCUCUCUCUCUCACUGGCUUUGGCAAUCCCAAUUCAUACAAUGCUUUUUUUAACAAUUUAAAAAAAAACACAUUGCAUUUAAAUGUUUAGUGUUAAAUUAUUAGUCCCCCAACGUAUUGUUCCCCCAACAUAUUGGUCCUAUUAACAUAUUGGUCCCCUAACAAUUUGGUGCCCUAACAUAUUGGUCCCCCUAUCAUAUUGGUCCUCCUAACAUAUUGGUCCUCUAACAUAUUGGUGCCCUAACAUAUUGGUCCCCCUAACAUAUUGUCCCCUAACAUAUUGGUCCCCCUAACAUAUUGUCCACUAACAUAUUGAUCCUCCUAACAUAUUAGUCUCCCUAACAUAUUGGUCCACCUAACAUAUUGGUGCCCUAACAUAUUGGUCCCCCUAAACCAAUUGGUGCCCUAACAUAUUGGUCCUAUUAACAUAUUGGUCCCCUAACAAUUUGGUGCCCUAACAUAUUGGUCCCCCUAUCAUAUUGGUCCCCCUAUCAUAUUGGUCCUCCUAACAUAUUGGUGCCCUAACAUAUUGGUCCCCCUAACAUAUUGGUCCUCCUAACAUAUUGUCCCCUAACAUAUUGGUCCCCCUAACAUAUUGUCCCCUAACAUAUUGAUCCUCCUAACAUAUUAGUCUCCCUAACAUAUUGGUCCACCUAACAUAUUGGUGCCCUAACAUAUUGGUCCCCCUAAACGUAUUGGUGCCCUAAUAUAUUGGUCCCCCUAACAUAUUGGUCCUCCUAACAUAUUGUUCCUCUAACAUAUUGGUGCCCUAACAUAUUGGUCCCCCUAACAUAUUGGUCCUCCUAACAUAUUGUCCCCUAACAUAUUGGUCCCCCUAACAUAUUGGUCCACCUAACAUAUUUUUCCUCCUAAAUGUAUUGGUGCCCUAACAUAUUGGUCCCCCUAACAUAUUGGUCCACCUAACAUAGUUUUCCCCCUAAACAUAUUGGUGCCCUAACAUAUUGGUGCCCUAACAUAUUGGUCCCCUUAACAUAUUGGUCCCCCUAACAUAUUGGUCCCCCUAACAUAUUGGUCCACCUAACACAUUAGUCCCCCUAACUUAUUGGUCCACCUAAUAUAUUAUCCCCCUAAAACGUAUUGGUGCCCUAACAUAUUGGUCCCCCUAACAUACUGGUCAAUAAUUUCUAAGUUUUACGUAAUGUAAGUCUAUAAAGUUAAUUGAACAGUUUCUGAUAUACUAGAUUGGAGCAUAAUUUGUUCAGGUCCAUGUUAUUCUAGGAUUCAGUGAUUGUCUGCAUGACAGUUUCAGGUCCAUGUUAUUCUAGGAUUCAGUGAUUGUCUGCAUGAUAGUUUCAGGUCCAUGUUAUUCUAGGAUUCAGUGAUUGUCUGCAUGACAGUUUCAGGUCCAUGUUAUUCUAGGAUUCAGUGAUUGUCUGCAUGACAGUUUCAGGUCCAUGUUAUUCUAGGAUUCAGUGAUUGUCUGCAUGACGGUUGAGAAAUUAAACAACCCCCCUAAAAACUAAUUUUUUCUUAUAAAAUAUUUUAAAAUGUAGGAUCAAGAAAUGGAGGGAAAGGGGGGGGGGGUCUAAAAAUUUGGCAGAACACGCAUUCAAGUAACACACUUCAUGAGAAUCCCAUUAGUGCUUCCCUCUCCCAAGGCUCGCAACCGCACAUUUUUACUUGCUUUUGAACUAUAUUAAUAUUUUAAUUCCCACCAACUUUUACACCACAGAUUUAUUUCACCAACAAUUUUAGAAAAACAAAAGAAAACAUUACGCACCAAGCACUCUUGUGAUAUUUUAAAAAAAAGAAUCUCAUUUAGAGCAGUUACAGGGAAUUUCUUUUUAUCUUCCCUUGAAAAACAGUAAAUACUGAUUUUUGGGUGUUGGGGCUGAAAAUUUUAAAGGAUGUGUUGCCGGCGGCAGCAAGUCUAUAUGCCAAGUUUCAGCUCGAUAGGGUGAUGGGAAGUGGGUCAAUAAGUCAUCCAAAAGAUUUUGCCAGUUGGCCAGUCCGCACCCUUUGAACAAAAGCGAAGUUAAUAUAAAGGCUUUAAAAGAAAGGAUAUGUUUCUUUGUGCGCCAGGUGAAGAGGUCCCGGGGAAAAGGUGGCCUGGCCGGUCCAGACGGUCUGAAGUCUGUGUUUGGCCAGAUGUCCCAGAGGUUGUCUCUCCUGACUUCGGAGAGUCUAAUGUUACCACACAGAGUUUGGAAAGUCAAGUUUGUUGGUGAGUAGCAAAUAAUCAAUUUUGUUGGUGAGUAGCAAAUAAUCAAGUUUGUUGGUGAGUAGCAAAUAAUCAAGUUUGUUGGUGAGUAGCAAAUAAUCAAGUUUGUUGUAGUAGCAAAUAAUCAAGUUUGUUGGUGAGUAGCAAAUAAUCUUGUUGGUAGUAGCAAAUAAUCAAGUUUGUUGGUGAGUAGCAAAUAAUCAAGUUCGUUGGUGAGCAGCAAAUAAUCAAGUUUGUUGGUAGGUAUCAAGUCUCUUUGUAAGUAGCAAUUUCUUGGUCUUGAUUAUGUUCCUGUCAUCCUUUUGAUCCAAUACAAUAUCUCUCUAAAAUAAUCAAAUCAUGUGUGUCAACAUUUUUGGUAUUGUUAAGUCUGUGUAAAUGGCAUAAAUUGUCUACCAUUACCACCAAUAAUCCACUUGUCCCAGGUGAGGGAGUCGAUGACUGUGGUGGUGGCUACAGUGAGUCCAUUGUGGAGAUGUGUGAGGAACUGCAGAAUGGAUCAGUCUCGCUGCUGAUUGUGACGCCCAACGGCAGAGAUGAAUCGGGGGCCAACCGUGAUUGCUUCCUGCUGAACCCCAGCCUACAGCAACCUGUCCAUCAGAGCAUGUUUACAUUCCUGGGUGAGUUCCACAUCCUGGUUAUUGGUAACUGACAAAGUUUACAAUCCUGGGUGAGCUCAACAUGGUGGGUAUAGGUCACUGACAUGUCAACAUUCAAAAGUUGUUUUAUAUUCUAGCACAGCCAUUGUUGCUUCCCAAAUAUAUUUCAGGCUAAGUCCAACCACUAUACCUCCAUGUAACCACUAUACAUACCUCCAUGUAAGCACUAUACCUCCAUGUAAGCACUAUACCUCCAUGAAAGCACUAUACAUACCUCCAUGUAAGCACUAUAUCUCCAUGAAAGCACUAUACAUACCUCCAUGUAAGCACUAUACCUCCAUGUAAGCACUAUACCUCCAUGAAAGCACUAUACAUACCUCCAUGUAAGCACUAUACCUCCAUGAAAGCACUAUACAUACCUCCAUGUCAGCACUAUACCUCCAUGAAAGCACUAUACAUACCUACAUGUAAGCACUAUACCUCCAUGAAAGCACUAUUCAUACCUCCAUGAAAGCACUAUACAUACCUCCAUGAAACCACUACACCUCCAUGUAAACACUACACCUCCAUGUAAGCACUAUACCUCUAUGUAAGUGCUAUACCUCUAUGUAAGUGCUAUACCUCCAUGUAAGCACUAUACCUCCAUGUAAGCACUAUACCUCCAUGUAAGCACUGUACCACCAUGUAAGCACUAUGAUGUAAGCACUGUACCUCCAUGUAAGCACUUUACCACCAUAUCACCAUGUAAGCGCUGUAUCACCAUGUAAGCACUAUAUCACCUUGUAAGCACUAUACCACCAUGUAAACUCUGUACCACCAUGUAAGCACUAAACAUGCCUCCAUGUAAGGACUAUACAUACCUUCAUGUAAGCACUAUACCUUCCUCCAUGUCCAGUAGAUACAUCUUAUAAAUACUUUUGAUCUGCUGUUUCAGGUAUUCUCAUUGGUAUAGCCAUCAGGAGUGGCAGCCCUUUGAGUUUAAACAUCGCAGAGGCGACCUGGAAGCAGCUGGCAGGCAUGCCCCUUGGGAUAUCAGACCUGUCAGAGAUUGACAAGGACUUCAUUCCAGGUACACAUCAGUGUAAUGAAUGGGUCCCUGGGACAAAAAUGAACUCUGUUAUGAUUUUAAGGUGUGACUAAAUGUUAACAAUUGUAACAGAACAAACAGAGGGUGAAGAUAAAUUGUAACAGAACAAACAGAGGGUGAAGAUAAAUUGUAACAGAACAAACAGAGGGUGAAGAUAAAUUGUAACAGAACAAACAGAGGGUGAAGAUAAAUUGUAACAGAACAAACAGAGGGUGAAGAUAAAUUGUAACAGAACAAACAGAGGGUGAAGAUAAAUUGUAACAGAACAAACAGAGGGUGAAGAUAAAUUGUAACAGAACAAACAGAGGGUGAAGAUAAUCUGACUGUCUCUGAAUGAGUUUGAUACAAAUUUGUUGAAUUUUUAUUUGAAUAUAUUCAAACUGAGGACUAAAUGAACACAAUGGAAAUCCCCGCUGAUUGGAUUUUUAUUUGAAUAUAUUCAAACUGAGGACUAAAUGAACACAAUGGAAAUCCCCGCUGAUUGGAUUUUUAUUUGAAUAUAUUCAAACUGAGGACUAAAUGAACACAAUGGAAAUCCCCGCUGAUUGGAUUUUUAUUUGAAUAUAUUCAAACUGAGGACUAAAUGAACACAAUGGAAAUCCCCGCUGAUUGGAUUUUUAUUUGAAUAUAUUCAAACUGAGGACUAAAUGAACACAAUGGAAAUCCCCGCUGAUUGGAUUUUUAUUUGAAUAUAUUCAAACUGAGGACUAAAUGAACACAAUGGAAAUCCCCGCUGAUUGGAUUUUUAUUUGAAUAUAUUCAAACUGAGGACUAAAUGAACACAAUGGAAAUCCCCGCUGAUUGGUCUUGUUUCUAUUAAAAAACAUCCUUGAGAGGAACGUUAAAAUAUCUUUAAACAUUUCUAACAGAUUGUUAACUCUGCCAGGAUUAGGUGAGUUUGACUGGGGGAUAACAAUCUUUGUGUUGGUUAAAUAAAGAAAUGCACUUCUUUUACAGGUCUGAUGUGCAUCAAAGAGAUGGAGGAUGACGCCCUGAGAGGGGCAGAGAUGCCCUUCAGCAUUCCCAGUGCCACCGGGCAGGAGGUGCAUCUGAGCCACAAGUACAGUAGAAUCACCCCUGAGAACAGGGCGGAGUAUGUCAAGCUGGCCAUGGACCACAGGUGGGAUAUCUUACCUGUAACUUUGUUGUGUAGACAGGAAAUCUUAUAGAUCACAGUAUUCAGUUUGAUGUCAAGUGAUAGAAAAUCUCCCAAUGUCGUAGUCUGAUAUAUUUCAAACUGGCAUCAAGACAUUUUGUUAAUGAGUUGAUAAAUCAUUUUGCCAUAAUGUGGAGGGAAUUGUUAGUUUCAGAUGUAAGAAUCAAUAUUAUCAGUAUUUGUAAACAAAGAUGUGAUCACCUAGAUGACACGCUCUCCAUUUAUGGAGAUUCCUCAAAUUUUGGGUCAGAGAUUGGCCUGCUCAGCCAUCCCCACACCAACAGGCACUGAAUCAGUCCCAGCAACCCUCAGAUGACCACAGUGGUUCUCAUCAAAGUUGAAUGAUGACACAAACCCUAUUCAAUUUAAAAAUAAAUGAAGUCCUAUAAAGUUGAAUGAAUGAGAAGUAACUGUAUUUGUGAAGGACAAGAGGACAAUCUGUUUUAAUGUCAAGUGUUUGUUUAGUUCAUGAGAUGCACAACAACAAAACUAUGUUUGAUUUCAGACUACAUGAGUUUGAUGAGCAGGUGAGGUGGGUGAGAGAGGGUAUGGCCAAGGUGAUACCUGUACCACUGCUGUCACUGUUCACAGGAUAUGAGCUGGAGACUAUGGUCAGUUGACGGCUGCACUUUUAGUAGAUCAUUAUUUAAAAGCCCUAGAAAUAUCUUAAUGUUAUAUGAUAUGAUAAACUGUAUUGUAAGAACGUACUCAGAGAAUAUAGCAUGUUUGUAAUAAGGUCAAAUAUUGAACUAAAUUAUAUCCAAACAAAUUGCUUCCCAUAGAAUGAAUUUCACUGUUCAACCAUGUAACCAAUGGUUUUGUUUAAUAUACAUAUAUAUAUACAUAUAUAUAUAUAUUGUUACUGCUGUAUUUGAUGUUUAACAUCUGAUUGCAGGCAUGUGGCAGUCAGGACAUCCCCCUUAGUCUCCUAAAGUCAGUGGCCACAUACAAGGGUAUAGAACCCAACGCUCCACUGAUCCAGUGGUUCUGGGAGGUCAUGGACGAGUUCACCAAUGCUGAGAGGUCAUUGUUUCUACGCUUUGUUUGGGGCCGCACACGGCUCCCCCGCACCAUCGCUGAUUUCAGAGGAAGAGAUUUUGUUCUUCAGGUUGGUUGAAAGAGUUGAUUUGAUAACUUCAGUGAUUCUUUCCCCUUCUAUCCCCAACUUCAGUGAUUCUUUUCCCCUUCCAUCCCCAAGAGGUAAUUUUAAAUGUUUGAACUAAUUUAAAACCUAUGACGAAGGAAAUGGGCGAAACAAAGUAUGGGAAAACUUGAAAAAAGAAUGCAACAAAACAAUGAAGGUGUCAUCAAGAAGCCUACAUCAGCAAACAAGCAACAGUAAAAACAGAAUUAAAUAAAACUAGCACUGUUGUAUGAAGAAUCUUUCGUAAGGGAUGAACUAGCCAUUGGUUAAAAGGUUAAUGAAUUGGACAUGUUGUUCUUUGGAACAGGCCUCAACACAAUGGCUUCAUUUCAUUAAUGUUAUUAGAAAAAUAAUGAUCCACUGUUUUUUAACUACAUUUAUAGCAUACCACAUUUUACUAUAGUUAUAGCAUAACACAUUUUACUAUAGUUAUAGCAUACCACAUUUUACUAUAGUUAUAGCAUACCACAUUUUAAUAUAGUUAUAGCAUACCACAUUUUAAUAUAGCUAUAGCAUACCACGUUUUACUAUAGUUAUACAUAGCAUAUUUAACUAUAGUAAUAGGAUACCACAUUUUACUAUAAUUAUAGCAUAUCACGUUUACUAUAGUUACAGCAUACCACAUUUAACUAUAGUUAUAGUAUACCACAUUUAACUAUAGUUAUAGCAUACCAUGUUUAACUAUAGUUAUAGCAAACCACAAAGUGGAAAUUCAAAUAUAUUUAUUGCAUAUAAUUUGUUAUAAGUAAACGUCCUGCAUAAAAAGAUUGUAAAAUUCCAUCUGUUUUAUUGUUCUAUGAAGGAUAUGACUCCAAUGAAAUGUCCAAUGGCUUUCAUAGUUCUCAAACUCAAAACUGUGGUAGAAAAUGAUAGAACCUGACACUUCUUGUCUUCCCUUGCAUCGUCACAAUGAUAGAACCUGACACUUCUUGUCUUCCCUUGCAUCGUCACAAUGAUAGAACCUGACACUUCUUGUCUUCCCUUGCAUCGUCACAAUGAUAGAGCCUGACACUUCUUGUCUUCCCUUGCAUCGUCACAAUGAUAGAACCUGACACUUCUUGUCUUCCCUUGCAUCGUCACAAUGAUAGAACCUGACACUUCUUGUCUUCCCUUGCAUCGUCACAAUGAUAGAGCCUGACACUUCUUGUCUUCCCUUGCAUCGUCACAAUGAUAGAACCUGACACUUCUUGUCUUCCCUUGCAUCGUCACAGGUCCUGGACAAGUACAACCCUCCAGACAACUUCUUGCCCGAGAGCUACACAUGUUUCUUCCUCCUCAAGAUGCCCCGCUACUCAUGCCAGGCCGUGCUCCGUGAGAAGCUGAAGUACGCCGUCCACUUCUGCAAGUCCAUUGACACGGAUGAUUAUGCCAGAGUGGCCCUGACGGGCGAUGCACUAGAUGAGGACACACCGGAGGCCAGCGAGGUGCAGCAGAUCGACAGUAUGGAGAGUGAGGGAGAAAUCAUCGACUCUGAUGCUAGUUAAAUUCAAGGGGUGAACUCGAGGAAGUCUGCAGCAGUCUUGUGUACAGUGACUUAGACCAAAUGGUAUUCUGAGGAGUUAGGGAGGAUUCAUUGAUUUGAAUUGUAGAGUUUGUAUUGGUGAUAAAGGGGGCUGUCAUUGAUUUUAAAAGUAUUUUCAAGUUUGUGAAGACAUUGAAUUGAUUUUACUUUUGCUAUUGAUUUAUUAUGCUUUAAAAUUUAGUAUUUACAAAAUAUGAUUCUAUUUUUAGACAUGUUUUAUUAGAAAUGUAAAGCCCAUCUGAUUUUUUAAGUCUUUGAAAUUCUGGAAACACUGUCAAAUUAUGUAUUAGAUACAUGGAAGAAAUAUGAAUGUACAAAUUAAGUUGUGUAAUACGUAUGUUAAGUUUUCCCUAAAAAAAAAAAAUGAAUGCCACGUUAAGCUAUUGUAACAGUGUGUGUCUCCAGUCAUCACCUACCACAAACCCAUGUUGAUAAACUGUCCCGAUGAUUAACACCUGACCACAUAAGCCCCCUGACACACCACUUCAAUACCUGGUGGCCUGGGUGUUUACCAAUCUAGCUUGACCGGUGAGUCAUGAGGGACAUGACAUUUGACAACAGUAAGACGACAUGUUUCAGCCAUGACAGCUUCGUUACUCUUUGUUCAUUCAUCCAUUCGUCACCGCCCCACCCCCUUUUUUGUUUUGGCAGUUUUUUCUUGGACCUCUUGUCUAACUUGAGCUAAUGGAAAUAAUUAACAACGUGAGACCCUUUGUGCUAUGAGUUUUAGUCGUGAAUUUGUUGAGUAUAUGAUGCACCACUCUACUUAUCUGAAAUGUAUGUAUACAAGUGAAGAAUGUAUACAAGUUGCUUCCUAGAUGUGGCUCAGGCUGUACGUCAGCAGUGAUUAUAUCAUUCAUGAUACUCAUCUUCAAAUCAUUUAUGAUAAUCAUUUUUUAACCAUUCAUCAUAAUCAUCUUUAAAUCAUUGCUGGUGAUCGUCCAGAAAGGCGUGUGAAAAUGUAAACUGACCAGAUUUCCCCACAAUCCUCCACUAAAAACUUGUCGGCAAUAAAUUAUUUUUAAAAAGUCAUUUUAUUUAAUGUAUUAAAAAGAAGUCAUGUGUUACGUAAUAUAUUUAUGUCUUGACUGUGCAUGUAUGUAUAUAAUAAGCUUCUGUGCUUGAAAUCUUGAUACAGCAACCGAUACAUUCUCAGGUCCUACCAUCAGGCAACUGAUAUACUUUUAAGCUCUCCUAUAUUCUUUUUAAAAAUUCACAGAAAUUUGGAUGACGACAAAUUGUUGUAUUUGUAUUUUUGUGCUAAUGAACAAAUUGCUCUUCAACUCUGGAAAUAUAAGAGUUGAUGAAGUUUUGAAAUUUUUUUAUCAAAACUUUGUUGUUUUUUUUUUUGUAACCUAAGGAUUUUGACAGAAAAGAAUUUUGAAAGUGUUGAAAGUGUUUGACGACUCGGUUCAACAAUGAAACGAAAAUUGUAUUUGGCUUAACGCAGGUUUUACAGUAAAUGUAACUUAACUUAUACUCAGCCCUAACAACUGGUUUUUACAGUAAUGCUCAAUUUGAGCUCAUUUCAGUUUUUUUUUUUUAAUUUUAAUGCUCACAUCAAAGCUCCGACACAAUGCUCACUCUUUGCUCAUAGGUCAGGUCUGUCAGUCCAAGCACCACUCAUUUAUCAGUCAGAUAUUUUCUUUAUUCAGAUUUUUACAGAAAACCUAAAUCUAGGCAAAUAUGGACAUUAAAGAAUUCACAGAUUUUAUUAUUAGUCACUUCACAUAUGACAUAGUAUUAAAAUAAUUUAUUCAUAUUUCUUGAAAUUCACUUAUAAAAAAUUAUAAUUAUUUAAUAAAUAAAUUUAUUUAACUUCAAUAUUUCUUAAAAUGUUUAAUUGAUAUUUGACAGAUACAUUUUGUGUCAUGAGAUGUUGGUUCUAGUAAAACAACUUAACUGGGGCAUUAUGUUUGCAUUUGGGGGUGCCAAAGGCAUAUGUUGAGAACCCCCUAUUUUAAGUGUUGUUUUUGAAGUUGUGACAAGAACAAAUCCCAAUUCUCAUUUUGGCCACAUCGUCAGUGUUUCCAUUGUCAGUGUUUCCAUUGUCCUGCUAACAACAAGGCUUUUGUAAUACUUAAGUGUCUUGUCUUGUAGUGUUUUAUGGUUUCACAUCUCUUGGUCACAUUUUUUGCUAUGCCUGUAACUGUAAUCAAAUGUAUGUCACAUAUACAUCAUGUCACAUGACAUUGACAUUUAGUCAUCAAGGAAAUCCUAUCACAUGUCAUCAUUAUUUUAUAGAAAUAUGUCGAUGUUUUUUUUCAUCUGUUAAGCAGCAAACAAUAAUUUCAAGGUUGUUAAAAAUAUCUAUAAAUCAAUAGACUUUUAAAAUGUAGUAAAUUUACCCUUUAGUGUAGCGUUCCCAAGAUGGUAGUCUGCUAACCAGCACUGGUCCACGAGCCUUACACUGCCCGUCCGCAAAUCAUGAAUAUUUAUGGUCGAAUAAAGCUAAAAUAUAAUUAAUAAAUGUGGCACCGGUCCUCGGAGCAUUCCCAAAGCUAGUCCACCAGUCAGUGGAGAAAUUUUGAAACCCGUCCACCGGUCCACGAUCACUGCCUCCAAACCCUUGUCAGGGUUCUCCCUGCCAGUAAACGGUGAGAUGGGAAGGUAGUUGAUAGGCCAAGUUAAAAUUAACCACAGCAUAGUUAAUAACGAGAAUUCUGUCUAGUAACUAGUAAAUAUCACUGAUCAAUUAGUGAGUGCUGACUGUUGCAAACAAUCUAAGUGUUUCUCUGUGAAUAGUCAUUAGUACAAACAAAAAUUUUAAUUUAAAAAAAAAAGUUAAUAAAUUCUCUUAAUAAUAUCUAUAUAUAUAUAUAUAUGGCAUGAUGUCGUGUGCAAAUGUGUGGUGAGAUUUUUCAUGCAUGCUCAGCUGGUUUUACAUAUUUAUUCUGCUUUAUAAGUCAGUUGUUGUAUUCUCAGUGUAGGGUAUGACGAACUGAUCAGUAGGAGGUCUUGUUGCUAUGCCAUGGGUGUGAUGCUGUCGCUAUGAUAUGUGAUGAUGUCACUAUGAUAUGUGAUGCUGCCAUUUUGUGUCUGACCUAAUUAUGUCCCAUCUAUGAGCUUAUAUAAUUAUGUUGUUAAGUUAUUCUGAUUUUGGUAUCUGUAGUCUUGACGUUAAAUUUUUGCCUUUUGAAUUAAAGAAAUAUUGUUACUUCAUGC